UUUAGGUGAUUCAGCGCAAUAUGGAUGAUCGAACAGAUUUUGAUAGAUUAUAAAACUGGAUUUGGAAACAAGCUUGCCAGCUUUUGGAUUGGGUUGGAAAAUAUACGAGAAAUGACAAAGAAUGGAGACAACGAACUUCGGAUAGACAUUACAACUUGCAACAACACAAAGAUCGUGGCUGAAUAUUCUAAUUUCACCGUUGGCCCGGAGAUUGACAGAUACAGAUUGCAAUUGUCUGGUUAUCAACACAAACAAGGUACAUGUGACCAGCAUGAUGCUACGAUUGCUAGACCAUGUCGUCCAUAUUCUAAUUUAUCUCGGCAGAAAUGUGAAAAUAACGGAAAAUGCUGCUACAAUGCCAAUGCAACCGCUGGCCAUCGCUGUACUUAUACCGCAGAUUCAAUGGAGUAUGUUAAUGAGAAAAGAUUUUCCACAAAAGAUAUUUCCUCCGGAACUUGUCCAAGUACGAGAAAAGGAGGUUGGUGGUACGAUUACUGUUCACACUCCAGCCUAAACGGAAUAUACGAUCCAUGUAAAAUUGGGGUACAAUACGCUUACUGGAGAAAUUGGAGUCCAUCGGGGAGAUGGGAAGGUCUACGUUUUACAGAAAUGAAGAUACGUCCAGCUCUGUGAGAUAUUAAAUGAACUGAUUCCAUUCAUAAAGGUUGUAAAUAUAGCAGAGUAAGAUGCUGGGCCACAUUUUCGCUCUUUUUUCUCGUCCGAUUUUGUAGUAAACAAAGAAAACUUACAGAUUAUAUAAGCCAUGGUCUUUAACUCUAAAAGAGCGUUUAAUUGUUCAAAACCGGGAAACGUGGAUGUUAGUUGCUAACGGUAACUUAUCUUACCCCACAGUCAUGUAGGCCUAUACAACCGGUUUAUUUGCUAUAAACUAAAUAUGUUUUUAUUCACUCAUUCCCUGCCCUUCUUUUUCAUGGCUGCUGUUGGCUGACACACAACGACAUACACAUAUAGUAUAGGGUGGGGGGAGAUAGAACACCUUUCCAUUCUAUUUUCUCGUCCCAUUUGGUGCUAAACAAAGAUCAUUCAAAGAAUAACCGUAUCCUCACGACUCCCAUAGGCCUUUGUUAAUUGUUUAAGACACGAUCAGGAUAUAUUUUUGAAUAUUAUGUGCUAAAGGUGUCCCAUCUUUCCUUAUCUUACUAUAUAUAUAUUCAGAUCAUGGUUUGAGCAAUGAAUACCAACGGUAAUAAUAAUAUCCAUAUAUUCUCCUGUUUUUCGUGUGUUCUAUUCGGUUACUCAGUAGCGCCACCAUGCUAAUGUAUUUACAAUACAUGGUCAA